AUUCAUUUGUCUGUUUCUUAUUUUGCUCUGCUAUUUUCGUCUAUGUCACAACGUUCCACUCAAAUUGCUACUGUUCUUGUGUCACUACUUAGUUAAAAUUCGUUUUCGUGACCUGUUAUUGGAUUUUUCCAACUCUUAAAUCAUACUUGUUUAAGUCACGAUGGAUAUGUGGCGCAUUAAUGAGAUGUUGCGAAUCUUUCCUUUUCGAUUCCCAUUUUCUGCGGCGCAGUGCGACAUUGCGAAAGUUGAAGAGAACUCCUGCGAAUUUGGAUCGGGUCAUUACUUUGCUCUUUGUGGUUUGGGCGGUAUAAUUUCAUGUGGAUUGACUCAUACAAUGGUGGUACCGUUGGACUUAGUCAAGUGCCGUAUGCAGGUAGACCCCGUUAAGUAUAAAGGGGUUUUCAACGGAUUCAAGGUAACUCUAGCUGAGGACGGGGUUAAGGGGCUUUCAAAGGGCUGGGCUCCCACCUUCUUUGGCUAUUCGAUGCAAGGUCUCUGCAAAUUUGGCUUGUAUGAAGUGUUCAAAGUUAUGUACUCAAACACUAUUGGGGAAGAAUAUUCAUAUUUAUGGCGUACUAGCUUGUAUUUAGCAGCAUCCGCGUCAGCUGAAUUUUUUGCCGAUAUUGCGCUAUCACCCAUGGAAGCAGCUAAGGUGAGAAUCCAGACUAUGCCAGGUUAUGCUGACACAUUACGCCAGGCCCUACCCAAGAUGAUGAAGGACGAGGGAAUGACUGCGUUUUACAAGGGUCUUGUACCUCUAUGGAUGCGACAAAUUCCUUACACCAUGAUGAAGUUUGCUUGUUUUGAACGUACCCUCGAAUUGUUAUACAAGUACGUAGUGCCUAAGCCUAGAGCCGAAUGCACUAAAGGGGAACAACUGAUCGUUACUUUUGCUGCUGGAUAUAUUGCGGGUGUAUUCUGUGCUAUUGUUAGUCACCCAGCGGACACUGUCGUAUCUAAACUUAACCAAGAAAAAGGAUCCACAGCCAUCCAGGUAGCCAAAAAACUAGGAUUUGCAGGCUUAUGGAAAGGUCUAAUGCCACGCAUAGUAAUGAUCGGUACACUCACGGCUGCUCAAUGGUUCAUCUACGACGCUGUUAAGGUGUGGUUGCGUAUGCCAAGACCUCCACCGCCGGAGAUGCCCGAGUCACUUAAGCGAAAGCUUAAAGGUGAUAUAGCUUGAGAAAACUAAAACAAUGUAAAUCAUUAGAAUUGAAAAAUAUAAUACAUUAUAUUUUCAUGUAUAAA